AUGGUAUCACAAACAUUAACAAGCAAACACUUGUUAGCACUACUUGAAAAGAGUCGAACCAUUUGUGAAGCAUCACGGGAAUACCCUUCAUCACAACAACCAUUACCUCCGCGUCAUUUAUGCACAUCGACGACAAUCUCAUCGAAAGCAAACCCGAACACCAUACAGAAGAUACUGCAGACGUCAACAAAUGAAUCUCAGCUGAAAGCUUUGAGUGAAUACGCGAAACAUGUGAAAGACGAAACCGAAGUGAUUGAAUUGCUGCCCGGUGAACAGCAGGAUGAAAGAAAGAGUAAAUUCUUGCGGAAAACGCGCUCGCAAUCGAUGGAAACGAAUGAUGACGACAGUGAUGAGUUAAUGAUCGAGACAUAUGACAGGUUUUCUUUUUUAUAA